AUGUCCGCUUCUGCCGUGGAGGGCUCCGCUGCACCAAAGCUCCUAGCCAACGAGGCUUACAAGUGCAUAGAUGUCCUGCUUGGCAGGGGAUCCUCCAGCGCUGUUUACUCUAUUAAAGACUACCCUAAUUUUGCUAUAAAAGAGAUCCAGAUUGACGACCAAGACGAGGGUAUCGUCAGCAUUUUCAAGUCUGAGCUGGCUGCUCUCCUUAGACUCUCGCAUCCGGGGGUCCUCAGAUGCCACCAGGUCAUUGAGGACGGGUGCCUUGUCUACGUGACCAUGGACCGCUACAGCAGUUCUCUUGAUAGGUUCAUCACUGAGCACAAACGGAUGGAUGUUUACGUUUCCGACGAAAUGAUCUUCUCUGUCAUGCAGCAGGUCGCCGAUGCCCUCGCCUAUCUCCAUGGCAUCCAGAUGACAAAUUCCAAUGGAAGCACCGUCUGUGGAAUCGUGCACCGGGACCUCAGGCCUGCCAGCAUCCUUAUCAGCGAAGACAAGAAGCGCGUCGUCAUCACAUGCUUUGGCCCCUGCAAGGACGUUCUGCGAUCUGGAAACGCUUUUGUCGGAGCAAGACCGUAUACAGCCCCUGAGACUCUUCUUCGUAACCACAUCACCUCUGCCUCCGAUAUCUGGGCACUCGGAGUGAUCAUCUACGAGCUUGCCACCCUGAAGAGACCCAAUUUCACAAGAACUGGCGACCCAAAGAGUACCUUCAUCUCUGGAUGGAGACCGGACUUAGGUGAUAUCACGAAUAGUGUUAUGAAGUGCAUCCUCGAAAAAAUCUUCGUUCUGGAUCCAGGAGAAAGGCCAACAGCCAAAGAGCUCUGUGAUCUACUCCAGGCAUCCGACGCUUCUGCUACCAAGAGGAAUCCAUGGAUUAUGAUGCUGGAGAAUGCUCUGGACAAGGCAAACGCCAGAAUAGCCUCUUUUGAGCAGAAUCUUCGGACCGAAGCUAGGGACCUCGAACAACAGUUUACGAGGACCUUCAAGAGCCCCCAGAACUCGUGUGCACAGGUCCCUGCACCUCCUACAUCAACACAUGGGCUGGUGAAUAUCACAGCAUUGUCAAGCCUCCCUAGAUCCAUACUACAUUUCUCCUGGACCCCGCUCAUGUGCGCCGCUGCGGACGGAGACAUCGAGGCGGUCAAGGAACACCUCUCGGACAAAGACAAGAGGAACAACAACGACGAGACUGCGCUAAUCAUAGCCGCGAGGGCGGGGCACGAAGGUAUUGUGGAGCUUUUAGACCCUACUGAUGACAAAGGCGUCACGGCACUCAUGAGGGCUGUUGACAGAAAUGACGUAGAUACUGUGAAGGCGCUUAUACCUCUUCAGAAGAGAAAGAGAACAGCAGGGGAGGCUGAAACAGAUGGAUUGAGGAUGACUAAGGGCACAGCAUUGAUGAGGGCAGCAGCGCAUGGCCACACAGGAAUGGUAAAGCUGUUAGUAGAACACGAGUGUCGUAUGAAAGAUGAGUGCGGUAAAACAGCUCUCAUGAGAGCAGCACAAGGGAACAACCUUGAGUGCGUUAAGAUUCUGUUACACGAAGAAGCCGGAAUGACACAGAGUAGUGGCUGGACCGCUCUCAUGUAUGCAGCAUAUAGCAACAGCAUAGAGUGUGCUGCAUUAUUAGUAAAGAAGGAGGCUGAGAUGCAAAAUAAGAAUGGUCGGAGUGCCCUUAUGAUAGCAGUAUUCAACAAUAGUGUAGACUGCGUCGACAUAUUACUGGACCAUGAAGGCGGUAUGCAGGAUAAAGACGGGUGGUCCGCUCUUAUGCACGCAGUUUGUAACAACAAGCUAGAAUGCGCUAUGCUUUUACUAGAAAAAGAACGAUGCAUGCAAGACAAUGACGGAUGGACCGCUCUUAUGUGUGCAGCGCGCAAUAACCAUUUAGAGUGUACAAGGUUGCUCUUAGAAGAAGAAAGCGGUAUGCAAACUAACAACGGCGAAACUGCUCUCAUAAUGGCAGCAGAAAAGGGUCACGCAGGAUGCGUUCGGCUGCUUUUGGAAAGGGAAGGUUGCAUGUACGAUAAGUCUGGCAGAACUGGUCUCAUGGCUGCAGCAUCUAAUAACAAUUUAGAGUGUGCUAGACUAUUAUUUGAAAAAGAGGGUGGCAUGAAAAGCAGUGAUGGUCGAACUGCUCUUAUGAAUGCGGCGUGCAAUAACAGUCUAGAGUGUGUUAAGCUCCUACUAAAAAAGGAGGGCCGCAUGCAAACUAACAGUGGCGAGACCGCUCUUAUGAUCGCAGCACAGAAGAAUUGUCCUGAGUGCAUCAAACAACUACUGAAAAAGGAAGGCAACAUGCAGGAUAACGACGGCGGAUCCGCUCUUAUGUGGGCAGCAUACAAUGGUAAUCCAGAGUGCGUCAAGCUCUUACUAAUGAUGGAAAAGUGCAUAAAAGAUAAUAGUGAUAUGACUGCUCUCAUGUGGGCGGCAUCUUGUAAUGAACAGGAAUGCGCACAACUCUUAGUGCAACAUGAAAGCGAUGCUUCUGGCUGGACUACUCUCAUCUAUGCUGCAAUUUGUAAUAACAUAGAUGAUGUUAGAGACAGUCUUCAUGAAGUGGGCCGUCAGGAUAUCGGUGGGAAAACAGCUCUUAUGUAUGCAGCCGCAUAUGGGCAUGUUGAAAUAGUCAGGCUACUGGUGAAAAAAGAAGGAUGCAUGGAAGAUAAUUGUGGACGAACUGCUCUAAUGAGUGCAGCAGAAAAUAAUCAUCCUCAAUGUGUCGAAGUAUUAUUGGAGAAAGAGAAGGGCAUGCAAGACGAUGAUGGUUGGACGGCUCUGAUGUGUGCAGCGACUAACAACAAUGGGGAAUGCAUUAGGUUAUUACUAAAAAAGGAAGCACGCAUGCAAGAUAGAAGCGGCAUGACAGCGCUUAUGCAUGCCGCUGAAAAUAACUCAAUUAAUGCCAUAAGAAUCAUCCUUAAACAUGAGAAAGAGAUGAAAAGCAAACAGGAUCGCAAUGCUUUGUAUUAUGCGCUCAAGAAUGAACAUCUAAAGGCUGCCAAGAUUAUUAUGCCUCAUGAAGCUCCUACUAAUGGGGAAGGUGUCACAGCCCUUAUGAGGGCAGCGGAAAAGGGUGACAUAGAAGGCGUAGAGCUUCUACUUCCUUUUCAGGCAAGAAGAAACACAGGAUGUGUAGAAUUAGAUGGAUGGGAAAUAUAUGAAGGAACAGCAUUGAUGAUUGCUGCAGCAUACGGAUACACGGAAUUAGUAAAAUUAUUAGUAAAAUAUGAGGGCGGCAUGAGAAGUGGUAGCGGUAGAACUGCUCUUAUGGGUGCAGCAUUUAAUAACUAUCCCAAGUGUGUGGAAUUAUUGUUAGACCUGGAAGGCGGUAUAAAAGAUAGCUUUGGUUGGACUGCUCUCAUUUAUGCGGUAUCUAAUGGUAGCAUAGAUGCCGUAAGACUCCUUGCAGAAAGAGAAAGGGGUAUAAGAGACCAUGAUGGUAUCUCAGCUCUUGAAUAUGCUGACGCUUACGAUUUUCUUGACAUAAAACUCAUUCUUUCAGGCGAUAUAUCCUCCUCCGAAUGA